GUUAAAGUAGAAAGUAAUUGUAUAAAUAAAUCAGAUGAUAUCGAGUUACGAAUGAAAAUAAUUCUGCUUUUGCCUAAUUCUCUAUCUCUAUGUACUCGCUAGGUUUGCUUUUUCUCUAACACCUGUUGACUUUGGUUUUAAUCACCGACGUUGUUGACCAUGAACGGUGGCAAGGAAUUCGAGAAAACUCACUCCAUACCAACAGCAACAACAAAUCAUAGUCAGCAGCAGAAUAAGACUGAUGUGGUUUCAAUAAAAGACUGUGUGUCAUCGGAUUUGACAUCACAGCUUACCUUUACUAGAGAUGUUACUGCUCGCUUCUCAGGUGUCAAUGGGCAUUAUGUUGGUCAACAACCUGACCUUUCUUACACUAGUUAUUUUCAACAACCAGGUGUUCAUAAAUCAGAAGCCCUGCCUUAUCAUUCAUUAGCAUCAACUUCCGUUGGCGUGCAAAACAAAUCUGUCAGUGGUUCUGGAUUUGCAAGAAAUGAUCCAAGAAGAUCUUCUACAUUAGCAAAUCAAAAUAACUCAAAGUCUGCACAUAGAAAUGGAAGUUUAACCAGCAGGUUGUCCAAGAUUAGUAUUGAUACAACAAAAGAAAUUGAAAUUCUAAAAAAGGCUCCGCAUUUCCAUUCUAAUUUUACAUCACCUGCCCCUCCCAAGACAUACAACCAAACAAGAAACUUUUCAUCAUUUGCCGACCCAAGACGCAGUGUCUUCCCCCAUACUAACUACAGGCCAAGUGCUUCUACCAACUACAGACCAAAUGGUGGAGUAUCGAAUGUAAAUGGUGGAGUUUUAUUGAGUGAGAAAUUCAGAAGUGGAGAGUCUGAAAUGCCUAGGGAAAUGACUCGGGGUCCUCGGUUUCACCACAAAAAUUCUCAUCCACAUUUAUCAGUUGUUAAGGAUGAGUUUUCAAUCACAGUAUGCAGAGAUCGAUAUAACCUUCCCGAUUUCCAAACUGAAUAUGAAAAUGCUAAAUUUUAUAUGAUUAAAUCUUUCAACGAAGAUGACAUUCACAAGGGCAUUAAAUAUGAUGUUUGGACAAGCACUCCAACUGGAAAUAAGAAGUUGAACUCAGCAUUCCAAAAUGCAGAAGCUAAAUUAAUAGAGACAGGCACACAGUGUCCAAUCUUCCUCUUCUUCUCGGUUAAUGCUAGUGGCCAAUUUGUUGGAGUAGCUGAGAUGCUAGGGCCCGUGGACUUCGAAAAAGACAUGAAAUUUUGGAAACUUGACAAAUACAACGGCUUCUUCCCAAUUAAGUGGCAUAUUAUAAAAGAUGUUCCCAACCGCCAGUUUCUGCACAUCAUCCUUAAAAACAAUGACAACAAGUGUGUAACUUUCAGUAGGGACACACAAGAGAUUGGACUGAAGGAAGGUCUGGAAAUGCUGAAAAUUUUCAAAAAUUAUUCGGCUAAGACUUCUUUAUUGGAUGAUUUUGAUUUCUAUGAGAAUGGAGAGAAGUUAUUUCGUUCCCAAAAGAUUACCGAGCAUACAGGCCCAAAACAGGAAGUAUAUAGCCAUGACAAUUACCAUCACACUGCAAAGGCAAGAGAGAAGAAUAUAGAGAUGCAUUCAAGUGGUAGCAAGCAAGAUACUCUAGUCAAGCUAACAAGGAAUCUAUCUCUCAAUCCCUCUGGAAAACAAGGCUUUAGAUAGUCAGAUUGCCCGAAGACCAAGAAAAUACCCCAUAAAAUGAUUACCAGAUUUUUAAUUUUAUUGGUGUAGGCAUUUUAGAGAAGCAAACUUAUAGUUUGGUUUUAUGAAGAAAAUUUUGUGGAGAUAAUUUAUUCAAUAGGAAUUCUUACAUUGAUACUUAGAUUGGUAAAAUUCAAUAUGUAUAUUGAGCUAUAAAGCAGAGUUAUAAUUAUUAUACGAUUUAGCAUGUGAUAUA